GAUCCCCCUAAAACCCCCCAAAAUGCCAACCUACCUAAUAACCGGCGCAUCCAGCGGCCUCGGCGCGGCCCUCGCCCACUCCGCCCUACGCGCAGGACACACCGUGCUCGCAACAGCCCGCAAUCCCGCCCAAGCCUCCAUCGCCAACCCUACGCUCACAGCCCACCCCAACUUAACCUGGCUCCCCUUGGACAUCACCUCCCCGGACACCACGUCCACCCUCGUCACCGCCCUCGCCGCACACGCCCCCGUCGACGUCCUCAUCAACAACGCCGGCUACUCCCUGCUAGGCAGCAUCGAGGACAUGACACUCUCGGAAGUGCACGCGCAAUUCGACACGAACGUGUUCGGGGCGAUCCGCGUGCUGCAGGCGGUGCUGCCGGGCAUGCGGGAACGACGAUCCGGCACCGUCGUCAAUAUCUCGAGCAGUGCCGGCGUGGAUGGGUUGCCGACGUGUGCGGUUUAUGCGGGCAGUAAAUUCGCGAUGGAAGGCAUGUCCGAGAGCCUGGCCAAGGAACUCGCCCCCUUUGGGAUCCGCGUGCUGCUGGUCGAGCCCGGCACGCUGCGGACCGGGUUCUGGGCGGCGUUUGUGGAGCCUGCCGCGGGCUUGAAUCCGGAGUAUGCGGGGACGCCGGUGGAGACGAUCCUCACCAAGUUUAGGGGGAAUCGGACGGGAGAAGCAACGGGGGGGUCCGAUCCGGGCAAGGCGGCGCAGCGGAUUGUCGAGGUGGUGGAUGGGACGGGGUUGGGCCGGGGCAAAGAUGGGCUGUUGCGCGUGCCGUUGGGCGAGGACUGUUAUCGACGGUUUCAGGCCAAGGUGGAGACCUUACAGCAGAAUCUGGAGCAGAUGCGGGAGAUUGCGCAUUCGAUUGGGUUUGAGGAGUAGAGGUUGGUGGUGGAUGUGUGGAUAUGUGCGAUAGAAAGUUGUUUUGAGUGACCAACGUAUAUACAUGGUGGAUCCUGAGCGGUAUACCGAUGUCAAUCCGAAGG